AUGGUCAAGCUGUUUUCGAGAAAGAUCGACCAGCUGGCGGAGGGAGCAGGUGUGGGAGGGGGUGCCGACCACGAGGGAGGAGGCGAGAAGACGGGACGCGUCGUGAUUGAGUACAGCGUCGAGGAGGAGGAGGAGAUCGAGGAGGAUACAUCGAGGCAGGCUCAGCACGGGGCGAGCAGCCCGGGCAGCGAUGCGAACGAGGACGAGGACUCGAGCUCGGGAUCGAGCUCCGGCUCGAGCUCGAGCGAUGAGUCGGUCGAGGACGACGGCGAGGGCGCCGGACAUAGAACGGAGCGUACGGGGGAGCACGGAGUGGCGCUCGAGGAGCGGGUGGACGAGCGAGUAGAGCUUAUCGAGCAGCACGCGACAGGGGAAACAAAGGCUGUCGAGGAGCAGGAGGGCGGAGCGGCUGCGCAGGAGGGUGGGGUCGGAGGGCAGCAGCAGGUGGUGGGCGAGGCGGCUGCGCAGGAGGGCGGGGCAGGAGGGCAGCAGCAGGAGGGCGUGGCGGCUGCGCAGGAGGGUGGGGCAGGAGUGCAGCAGCAGGAGUUCAGGGUUGCGGCUGCGCGGGUGGGUGGGCUGGGAGGGCAGGAGCAGGAGGACGGGGAGGCUGCUGAGGAGUAUCAUCGAGGAGAUGAGCGACAGGCCACCGUAACAAGGAGUCACCGCACGGCCAGUGGCAGCAGACAGGCGGGCCCUUCGACCGGGUGGCCUUCAACGGCAGGCCAAUCGACGGCGAACGUUGCACCCGGAGGCCAGGUCGUUGAGCUACUGCAGAGGGUCGAGAAGUGCGCCGAGGCUGUGAAGGGUGUCACGGCGGAGAGGAACCUGUUGGAAGGGGCGCGGGCGAAGAUCGACAAGAUGAGCGGGAAGAUCAUCGAGGGGGUGGCAGCCGCCAUCACAAAAGCGAGCGAGGACGCCGUUGAGAAGCAGCUCAAGCAGGUCGAGGAGCGGCUGGUUGCUGCUGUGCUGAAGGGUUUCGAGAAAGCCAUCAUGGAGGACAUGUUUUGCUCCACCCUCCCACCCGAGACCAUGAAGGAGCUGAAGGACAUUGUGAGGGAAGGCUACCAUGAAGCCGAAGCAGGGAGGUUGGAAGUCCUCACCGAAGCGAUGGCGAGAGGUUUUCAGUGCUCGGCGGGCCCGUCAACGAGGUCGCGUCAGGAGGGUGUGGGAGGGGUUCGCAGCGGGGCUGAGCCUCGAGGUCACGAGCGGUCGGUUCCUCCGUCUUCUUCGGUGGGAGGACAUGUCGGCAGCCCGGUUGGAUCCCCACCGGCGCGUGGCCGUCAUCCCGUCGCCAAGACCGUCCCCGAAGUCAUCGUACUCGACCAGUCAGCCCUCCCGAAGACCUCCGUAGCGGCUCCGAUCGAUCCACCUGAUGCGUUUGCUUCGAUGCGGGACAUGCUGCAAGGCCUGGGGAAAACGGGUGGGAAAGGAGUGGUCGCGGGGGAGAAAAUUGGUGCCCCGAACGAGCACGUCGCCUCGACCGGGAACAGAGCCCUAGGAAUGCGAGGUGCCUCUACCCCGUCAGGCGGCGGUGCGGGGAAAGGAGCGGGAGAAGCAAGCGCUGGGUUGCUGUCGAAGACUAAAGCGGCAUCAGCUGCGCACGGCGGUGGUGCUGGCCUUGCUGUCGGGCUUGUGGGAAAUUGGGCGUCUUCCUCAACCCCUCCAGUUGCUCCUGUCGCCGCUGCUCCGUCCCUAGGCAACGUUUGCCUUAGCGAUCCGGGCUCCCCUUCAACGUCGAAGAAGAGGCCGGCUGCGACGAAGUCGUCGAAGCGCGCUGCACACGCGACAGAGAGCCUUGACGUGGUGGAGCUGGCCAGCGUCCCUGGUCAGGCGCCUGUCGAGAAGACCUCUAUUGUCGUUGCUGCUCGACAGGAAAAGGCGAAGAAGGCCAGGGUCACGGGUCACCCCCCACCUCCUCGACCGGACGACCAAGGCAAGACGAGAGGCUGCAAACGUCCCUUCAAAGGACCGGGUUUCGGGUUGUGGAAGGGGAAGCUGGUUUCCGAGCAGACCGUCGGCGGGAGGAAGCGGUUCCUUGGCACUUUUGAAACAGAGAAGGACCAGAAGUUCUGUACGGCCGUCUGCUGGCGCGUGUACUUCCCCGACGUUGUCCUUACGGAGUACGAAGGGUACACGGCGCAGGAUGAGGAGGACUGGAAGGUCUACCUCGAUGCGGCCGCAAAAAUGCCAACCGGCGUUUGGAGCGUGGCGCAAGAACAAGGGGAAUGUCGUUUUGACAAGUAA